GCCCUUAUAUGCUAUAAUAAAACGGGUUCACAUACUUUCUGCCCAAAUCAAUAGGCGAAAGUAUUAUAUGUUAUUAUAUACUAUGAAAGUAAACAUGGGUGGCUACAAAACACUUAUAUACUAAAUGCGAAUCUGCGUCGUCCCCUUGCUCGUGCAAUAAGCCUCAUGCGUUAAACCGGUGUAUACCGUUGUCAGUCGCCAACAGACGCUUGCAGCGAACAUACGAACACCAACUUCUCUCCUCCGUCGAUUAAAAAUGGUUCUGGAUAUUCAGUCGGUGCUGGCCGUGGAUGGAGUCGACCCGAAGGGAGUCGAGAUCCUGACUUCUCACGGCAUCUCCGUCACCGUGCAAGCAAAGAUCUCUAAACACGAUCUCCUUCAGGAAAUUCCGAAAUACGAUGCUCUAAUCGUCCGCUCUGCGUCUCAAGUAACCAAGGAGGUGCUGGAAGCUGGCUCCAAUUUGAAAAUAGUGGGCCGCGCCGGUGCUGGCGUUGAUAACAUAGACGCCAAGGAGGCGGAAGCCAGGGGCAUCGCUGUUAUCAACGCUCCCGGCGGGAACGCGAUGAGCGCGUGUGAGCUGACAUGCAGCCUGAUACUGAACCUGGCGCGGAAGGUGUACCCUGCUGCAGCCGCACUCAAGGACCGUCGCUGGGAACGGUCUCUGUACGUCGGUGCUGAGGUCAAGGGCAAGACACUGGCCAUCCUCGGGCUUGGCAGGGUCGGCCGUGAAGUCGCUAUUAGGAUGCACGCAUUUGGCAUGAAUCUCAUCGGUUAUGACCCGCUGGUAUCUUCCGAGGAAAGCCAGCAGUUCCACGUCACUAAGCUGGACUUGGACGAAAUCUGGCCUCUGGCUGACUACAUCACCCUCCACACUCCGCUCAUCGAGUCCACUCGAAACAUGAUCAACGAGUCCGUCCUUAGCAAGUGCAAGAAGAAUCUCAAGAUCAUUAACGUGGGUCGCGGUGGACUCAUCUGUGAGAGUGACCUGCUGCGUGCACUUAACGACGGAACGGUUGGUGGAGCGGCUCUGGACGUGUUUGAGCAGGAACCGCCGACUGAUCCUCUGACCCUGGAUAUCAUCCAACAUCCAUCUGUACUGGCUACACCGCAUUUGGGAGCAUCGACUCGUGAAGCCCAAGUAAGAGUGUCUACAGAGAUUGCUGAGCAAUUCGUGAAUUUGGUGAAGCCUGGGACCUACCAGACUCCUUUGGCCGAGGUCACCCGAGUAUUACGGAAAUAAAGUUUUUCUUAGUUUCCACGUUUGAAGCAUUUCUUUUAAUUUUACGUAUGUUUUUGAUACAAUUUUUUUGAUUUUUUUUUCUUAUAUUAGCAACUUUGAACUAACACAUUUUUAUGUGUUAAGGUGUGAUUGAUAACAUUCUUAUGUUAUUUGAUUUGAUACUGUGUGUCACUUCCAAACGAAGCAUUCCUUGUGUGUUAUUCAGAUUUUUUAAUUUUUUUUUAAACAACUUCUAUGGUAUGUAACUUCCAAACGAAGCCUUUCUUGUGUGUUUAUUCAGAUUUUUACACUUUUUGUACAACAACUACGUGUAACUUACAAAAGAAGCAUUUCUUGUGUGUUAUUCAGAUUUUCACCAUUUCUUUUUAACAAUGAGAUUUGUGUGUAACUUUUAAACGAAGUAUGUCUUGUGUGUUUAGAUUUUUUACGUCUUUUUUUGUAACUACUAAUGUGCGUAACUUUGAAACGAAAUAGUCCUUGUGCGUUUACUUCAAGUUUUAUAUUUCUAUUACUUAAUAAGUAUUUAAGCCUAUCCGAAACCGUUCUUGUGUGUUUGAUGCAAUUUUACCGAUAUUUUUAUUUUUACUAUGCAUAAUAUUCAAUUAUAACCUUUCUUAGGCAGGUAUUUCAUGCUUUUUAUGCUUUCUUUUUACAUCUUUGUGUAACUUUUAAAAUUUCCUUCUUCGUUACAUGUUAAAUUUAAUCUCUACGAAUUUAUUUUUUCUUUACUACUGUGUGUAACUUAGAGCUUAUUGAACGAAAUUUUGAAUAAUUUGAAUUUUAUAAUGUAGAACAUUACUGUUAAAAUAUAUAAGUAAUAUAUUAUAAAUUAUGUCUAAUUACGAUUGAUAUACAAUCGCUUUCUCACGAUGUUACAUCGUGUUUACUGAUAACUUGUAUAAUUAGUGAUGACGUGAAGUCAUUACGGAGCCGCGUGUGCGUAAUGAAAACUAAUAGAUAUUUUAUAUAAGGAUAUAAUUAAACUUAUGAAGAUCGCAUUAAUUUACAUUCCUACUUUAGAAUAAUUUAAGAAUUAUAGGACAACAACUAUUUUGUAUACUCUUGCCUUUUAUAAUUUUCUCCUGUGUUUUUAUCGUUUAUUUUUCGGUCCAGAUAUGUUUUAAAUACGCUAAGUAUUUUUGUACUGAUUUUAUUUUUCAUUUAUAUUUGUGUGAGAAGAUAAUAUGUGUUGUGUCCAAGCUUUUGUCGGCCGACACCGUCUCUUUGUUCCUUAUGUUAAGUACAUUAUUAUGGAUGCUCAUACAUGGAGCUGUGUGUAAGUUUACUUCUAUCUUAUUGAUUAAAUGUGUUUUAUGAAAUGCAAACUGAUGAGAUUGGUGAAUUAUAAUUAUUAAUGGUUGAGAUCAGGUGUGUGCUGAAUAGCCUUGAGCGUUAAAUUUUUUAUGAUAGCUUCUUUGAUACUUUUUCUGUUAAUAUCUUGUUAAAAUACGAGUUUUGUGACGUACCUACCUUCUUAAUAGAUUGCCAGAGCCGAAUAUAAAAGGCUCGGUAAAUGUUUUUUUUUUCACCUGUAAGUCGAUAAUUUCUGAUUUAUUGAUUAUUUUUGUUUCGAUUCCUUUGUGCUUGAAGGAGUUUUCUCAUGCAUAAAAAAUGCACGAAACUCUCACUCGAGCAUUAGUCUUUGUAAGCUUUUUUUCUAUUUGCUGCUAUACUUGUCAUUUUAUACGUAACAAUAUGUGUGCCGUAAUAAAGGAAACAUAAAAAAUAA